AUGAACGGAUGGGGAAAACGGACUGGCUUGCGGUUGGGGCUGGCGCUGCUGCUGAUAGGCGUCUGUGCUGGUGCCGAUUACCGACUGGGAGGCAGCGUUGUGCCCUCCUUCUAUAACCUUACCAUCGACGUACUCAGUAAUGCCGAUGAACCGACUGUUUUCAAUGGAGAAGUCAGCAUAGCUGUGCAGGUGGUUGGCACCGCAGAGGUUCGGCAAAUCACACUACACAAAGACGCCAUCGACAUAGAAGAAUGCUGGCUAUACAACGAGUCCGGGGAUCAAGUGCAGCCGAUAGAUAGCAGUCAGCUGACAUAUGAGGAGGCGACCCAGCAACUGACGGUGCCAUUAUCUCAGGCACUGGCCAAUGGGGCUUACACGCUGGGGUUCAAGUAUACCGGUAAAAUACGUACGGACAUGGCGGGACUGUUCUCCGCCAGCUACGUGGAGCAGGACACAGGCAAGACCAAGUGGCUGGCUGUAACCCAAAUGCAGAGAAUCAAUGCUCGCCUAGUGUUUCCCUGCUUUGAUGAGCCUGCCUUCAAGGCACAGUUCCAGUUGCAAAUCGUCAGACCCUCCGGCUAUGAAGCUAUUAGCAACACGAAGCUAUUAUAUUCAUCAGCGGAAAGCAAGGAUCGCUUUGUCGAUCACUUCGAGGUGACUCCCGCCAUGUCCACAUAUCUGCUGGCCUUCAUUAUCGCCGAGUACACGGCACGCGGAAAUGUCAGCGAAUUUGCAGUGCUGACACGCCCAGAAUUUUACAACAAAACGGAGUUCAGCUUCCAAGUUGGACAGCGGGUGGUAGCCGCCUAUGAUGAACUUUUCCAGCAGCCGUACGCCUCUCUGGGCAACGAUGUCCUGCAGUACGCCACAUCCCCGCGGUUCCCUCACAAUGGCAUGGAGAACUGGGGGCUUAUUAUCUACAGCGACGAUGUUUUGGUCAAGGAACCAGGCUACACGGAUGGCUGGUCGGACAAGGAGUUCACAAUACGGAUUAUAGCCCACGAGACGUCGCAUAUGUGGUUUGGUGACAGCGUCACCUUCUCCUGGUGGAGCUACUUCUGGCUAAAUGAAGCCUUUGCCCGCUACUACGAGUACUUCAUGGCACAUCAGCUCUAUCCUGAGUAUCGGUUAGAUGAGCAAUUUGUGGUGCGACAAAUGCAGCUUAUUUUUGCCACAGAUGCAGUGAACAGCACACAGCCCAUGACAAGCCCGGAGGCGAGCAUCCAGACGCCUUCACAGAUUGGCUACAAGUUCAGCAGCAUUGCCUAUGCGAAGGGAGCGUGCAUUGUCCGUAUGUGGCGCAAUGUGAUGGGGGCCAAUAACUUCGAUACAGCCAUCCGGAACUACCUAAAGCAGAACCACUUGGGCAAUACAAGGCCAAACGAUUUGUUUAACCACCUUAUCAAAAACUGGCCCGCGGACCAGUAUGUUAAUCAGGAGCACUUUUUGUCCGACUUCACAGAGCAAGUGGGCUAUCCCAUGCUGAUAGUGAAUGCGUCACGGAACAACCACGUCGUCUACGUGGAGCAACAGCGUUUCCUCCUCAAUCGCGGGGACGGAAGCGAUCCCGAUCUGAGGUACACAGUGCCCAUAACCUAUGCUACGAAUCUGGCGCCCGACUUCGAGAACCUUACGCCCAAAAUCUACCACCAUAAGCCUGUGAACCUAGUAGAACUUUCCUUCGAAGAGGAGGCCAUCGAUUGGAUCGUCCUCAACCUGAAGCAGUCCAACUAUUAUCGGGUGCUCUACGAUAAGCCUCUUUUGGACAGUCUUCAGGUGGCCCUGUCCUCCUCCAACCACAGUGGCGUGCCCGUGGAGAACCGGGCCCAGAUUGUCGACGAUCUUUUCAACUUCGCUCGUGUGGGCUACAUCGACUACGCGAAUGUGUUCGAAUUCAUGGAGUACCUAAGCCAGGACGUCGAUUAUGUGCCCUGGUACGCCACGUACCAAGGACUACAGUUCGUUGCAAAGCGUCUACCACUGAAUAAUUUGCCAAACUUCAAAAAGUACCUCAGCGACAUCACAGAUGCAGUUUUUGCCAAGCUGGGUGUAACCUGGAGUCCCGACGACACAGUGCUGGAUGUCUACAAUCGAAACAAUCUUGUGGGUUGGCUGUGCAGGUACCAGGCCAGAGAUUGCAACCAAUUGGUGGCGGAUACAUUCACCAACGACUUCGCGAAACCUUCGCCUGACUACCGGCAGACCUUCUACUGCGCUGCCGCCCGAUCCGAGAGCUACAAGCAAGUGAUGCAGUUCUAUCGAGAAGAGACCAAUCCCAAGGAGCGAGAACUCCUCUGGGCAGCUGCCAGCUGUACGAGGUCCUAUUUGGCACACUACCAAAACGAGAUACUAGCCAACGGCAGCACAGUGAGCCAAAAGACCAUUGCUCUGGCCCAGAUGUACGAACAGAAUCCUGACCUAAUCAAUCAGAUUUUCAAUAUGUUGGCCGCGAACAUCACACAGUUGGCUGAAGCCUUGGACAACGACUGGUCAACAACUGCCGUAGUGAUAAGCGAUCUGGCGGAGUACUUCACCACCCGAGAGCAGUACCAACUGCUGAGCAAUUUCUACGAUAGCAAUCACUUGCUCUUUGGCCAGUCGGCAUCUGUGCUGAGCAAGGCUCUGGAGACGGUUGACCAAAACGUGCAAUGGGCCGAGAUGCGCCUGGACAGACUGGCCUACUACUUGAGCAAAAGGAAUGGCGGACAGCAGUCGGCCCAAGUGCUUGUGAUGCUGUUGACGUUGCCCAUGCUAUUGGCCUGGCUCUGAUAUUUUGUGAUUAAGUAUAGGAAAUAAAUGAUUAACCCUCCGUCAGGCACAGCGGGAUAAA